ACUAAUCCCCUUACUUUUGAAGGUAAUACUACAUUAGUGGGUACUCCUGAAGAACGUAUGAUGAAUGUUUUUGGUGGUCGUAUUAAAGGUGAUGCUCGUCAAUCUUCAUCAAGAAGAGAAAUAGGUGAACCAAGAAUGAUUGCAGGUGUAUUAGUUCCACACAAGCCAACAGAACCAAAUAACUGUUGUAUGUCUGGGUGUGUUAAUUGUGUUUGGGAGCAAUAUAAUGAUGAUUUAAAAGAUUGGAGAAGAUUAAGAAAUGAAGCUGCUAUCAAACUUAACCAAACUGAUCGUAUAUGGCCUUCUGAUUUUAAUCCACCUUUAGCUGCAUUAGAAAUGAAGAAUUCGAAACCUGGUGCACAGCAUGCAAGAUCUGUUGUUCCUGAAUUAAAUCAAGAUUUAGAAGAUAAGGAAGAUUGGGAAAAUGUUCCUGUUAGUUUUAGAGUUUUCGCUGAAACUGAAAAGAAGAUGAAGGCAAGACAACUGGAGAGAAAACGUCGUCGUGAAGAA